AUGCAGCUGGGUGAUCACAGUCACACUGUCAGCGAGCUGGGGUUGUAUGUCUUGUAUGUAUACGACGACCGGAUAAAACCGGUACUCAGCUGGGGCUCUCCUGGGUCAUAUGUCGGAGUGCAAGUUGAGUUUAGUCAUGAUAUAAUUCAGCGCAUGGAUCACAUUCAGCCUCAGUUGCCAACGGCCUCCCAAGUUUUGACUUACAUUGCAGGCUGGUCAAUUGCUCUGUUGUUGAUUGAUUCCCAAUUUCCCUUUUGUUUCAGGGCUUGUCUGGUAGAAGAAAGAAAGAAAUGGUGCAAAAACCAUCCCUCUGGCUUCUGGGCUCGGCCCACAAAGAAUUCAGAUUCUACUCUCAACAUGAUGCUGUGGGAAGUCAGGAUCCCUGGUAAAAAAGGUGUCAGUCGACCUCAAUGUUCACAUCCGUUACCCUUUCCACCUUCAAAGUUCUGCCAGUGCUGCAUACCACAAACUGAUUGGGCCGGGAGAAUAUACAAGCUUCAGAUGAUCUUUCUUCAAGCCCCCAAAAUGCAAAUUUACCCCACCUCUUGUUCAUCCGAAUCAUCUGGCACUGUUUCCUCCCCAAUCCUCAAUCAUGAGAUGCGCUGGGAACCAGUGAUUAUUCUUGAGCAGCCCUACUUUUACAAUCCGGCUCAGAUUGAAGGUUACAGUGUACACAAAGAAGACCCAGAUGCUUACUAG